GGGCCUCCAGUUGCCCGGGUAACGGGCGCAGAGUCGCCCUGGUGCGUUCCUUAGUCUUUCAUUCAUCAGCGUAGAAAUAACUGAGUUCGGGUCGCAGGUGCCCUCCAGGGCAGGCAUUAUCGUGUGCGCUGCAGUAACCUCUCAUCUUGUGGAGUCCUACACUUAGCCCAUGUUGCUUCGGCGCGCUGCGUAAAGCUAAGGAGCCUGAGGCCCGAGGUCCGAUGCUCGCCUGGCUGGCCUAUGGCGGCGGGAGCGGUGUGUGUCGGACCGUAGGACGGCCUCACGGCUAGAGUUGGAGGACUGUGGGGGCGGAGACGGUGCCUGUGUCUGUGGCGGUCACCGGGCUUCACGUGGUUCUCAGCAGGGUGAUGGUGGACAGCUCGCGCGAGGGCCCGGGAGUCUUGGGGACACUUCCCGGCGCGGUCUGUGGACUGAGCGCUGGGACCCGCACCGAACCAGCCGCCGUUCGCCUCUGGAGCUGGACAUGCCGACUUUCGUUAGAUUGAGCAUUUCCACAGAAAUUACAGUUUUGUCCUUUUUGAAAAAAUAGAACUGUGUUUCAGAAAAAAGAAACUACAGUUUUAGCAUGCAGAAAGGAAAAGGGAGAACAAGCCGGAUCAGAAGACGAAAACUCUGCAGAAGUUCUGAAUCAAGAGGAGUGAAUGAGAGCCACAAGUCUGAAUUUAUAGAGCUGAGGAAGUGGCUGAAAGCUAGGAAGUUUCAAGAUUCAAACUUAGCACCUGCUUGUUUUCCAGGUACAGGAAGAGGGCUGAUGAGUCAAACAUCCCUGCAGGAGGGACAGAUGAUUAUUUCGUUGCCUGAGAGUUGCCUGCUCACCACGGACACAGUGAUUCGAAGCUACUUAGGGGCAUACAUUACUAAGUGGAAGCCUCCUCCAUCUCCUCUGCUGGCGCUGUGCACCUUUUUAGUUUCAGAAAAGCAUGCUGGGCACCGAUCUCUUUGGAAGCCUUACCUGGAGAUUUUACCCAAGGCGUAUACCUGCCCUGUUUGUUUGGAGCCGGAAGUGGUGAACCUUCUUCCCAAAUCUUUAAAAGCAAAGGCUGAAGAGCAGAGAGCCCACGUGCAGGAGUUCUUUGCUUCCUCCAGAGACUUUUUCUCUUCUCUGCAGCCUCUGUUUGCAGAGGCUGUUGACAGCAUCUUCAGCUACAGUGCCCUGCUGUGGGCUUGGUGCACCGUCAACACCAGAGCCGUGUACCUGAGGCCCAGGCAGCGGGAAUGCCUUUCUGCAGAGCCGGACACCUGUGCACUCGCUCCGUACCUGGACCUGCUGAAUCAUAGCCCACAUGUCCAGGUAAAAGCAGCAUUUAAUGAAGAAACUCAUUCUUACGAAAUUAGAACGACUUCACGUUGGAGAAAGCAUGAAGAGGUAUUCAUCUGUUACGGCCCUCACGAUAAUCAACGGCUGUUCCUGGAAUACGGAUUUGUUUCUGUCCAUAAUCCUCAUGCUUGUGUUUAUGUCUCAAGAGAAAUACUUGUUAAAUAUCUUCCAUCAACAGAUAAACAGAUGGACAAAAAGAUUUCUAUUUUAAAGGAUCAUGGCUAUAUAGAAAAUUUGACAUUUGGAUGGGAUGGACCAUCUUGGAGGCUACUCACAGCCCUUAAGUUGUUAUGUCUGGAAGCUGAGAAAUUUACAUGCUGGAAAAAAGUACUUCUUGGGGAGGUAAUUUCAGAUACGAAUGAGAAGACAAGUUUGGACAUAGCCCAGAAAAUAUGCUAUUAUUUCAUAGAAGAGACUAAUGCUGUGCUUCAAAAGGUGUCUCAUAUGAAGGAUGAAAAAGAGGCCCUGAUAAACCAACUAACGUUGGUGGAAUCCUUGUGGACGGAAGAGCUAAAGAUUCUCAGGGCAUCUGCCGAGACCCUGCACAGUUUGCAAACAGCUUUUACCUGAUUUCACCGAAGCGCAUUUGGUCACCUCCUCUGGUGGGUGUUAGUCACACAUUUUAGACUAAGGUUUGAUGGACUAAAUUUACAUAGUUUAGAGUCGAUGAGUUGUGUCUACUCAACAAUUAGGAACUUAAUCCUUUUGCUUUUCCUACAGAAACAAAAGUUAAUUUUGAAGAGCGUCAUCAUGGGCUGGGGUGGUGGCUGCCCCCAGGACAUGCAGGAUUUCUGCAGGGGGCAGCACAGGUUCUGGGAUUGUGAGGCUGUGAGUGAAGGUGGACAAGCUGUCUGGAUGGCAGGUCUAAUGCUCUUCCGAAUAAAGUGCUGAACUGUGAGGAGAGAGGCGGACUGUGAGGCAGCCAGGAGCCAGCUGCGUCCGUGUGUGGUCUGUCACCACGGGGCCUGCUUCUUAUCUGACACAGCAGCUAUCAGAGUCUAGUGGUUGUGCUUUUAAGAUGCUCUGAUACCAUUGGGUUAAGGGGCAGAUUGGCGGUGGGUGUGGGGCAGUGUGAGGUAGUCCUGGGUCCCCGCCAGGGUGGCCCAGACGCCAGCCCUUCCCUGUGUGGCUGCACUGAGGUGGGUGUUGAAGAGCCCCCUAGGGGACAUACAGCUUCCAGGAGGAGGGAAUGUCCUCUAAGCAUGCUCCUGGCCUCUCGAGGUGGCGCUUGCCUAAUUAUUCACUUGGGAAGAAUGACUAGCUCAGCCAGCGGCUCUUUCUGCUUUGUUCUGGCGACUUUCCUGGGCAGGCCUUUCCACCUGGGGAGCUGGCUCAUCCUGCACAGCUGGGCCGUGGUGGGCCUGUCUGCUUGAUUCUGGGGUUCAGUGUAGGUCAGCUGAUGGCAAACCAUGGUGGUGGUUUGGCUUCUGUUUUUAUUCUUGAGUUUUGAUACCGUGCAGACCUUGGGUGGGGAGAGCUUCCUGCACAGCUCUCAGCGGCCUGUGGCCUUGGAACUGCCUGCGUAAGUAACGGAGGGGCUGCUGGUCCUGUUCAGGCCCGUGCUGGGGACGCCGCUUAGACAAUGUUGCCCAGAGUCCUGUUUACCCUCCCAGGGUUCAUUCUUCCCAAGAACUCAAAUUCCUUUCUCAUUGGAGCCUAGUGAAACCAAAUGAACGGGACCUGCUGGCCUCAGGAGGCAGGCAGAGUUUAAAAUAAAACUUUCUCAUGAUUUCUUGAACAUCUUUCCCUGUUUGUAUAUACACUUUGUGUUUAUUUUUCAAUAGCUGCAGUAUAUUUUUUUUCAAUAUUCAGUAUAAUGCAGUGUAUUUCAUCAUAUGCUGUAUGGAGAGUGGGCAGACUUCUGUGGAGGGCCCGAUAGUAACCAUUUGAAGCUUUCUGGACCUGUGGUCUUAGUCCCAGCGAUUCUGCAGAGCGGCCAUCGGCAGCAUGUCAACCAUUUGCAUGGCUGGGCUCCAGGGAAACUACUGACAAUGACAGAUGGUGGGCCAUAGUUUCCUGACCCCUGUGCUAUGCCAGAAUUUCUUUUUCCUCUUCCCUAUGAGUGGACCUAAAUAUGUUAAUUCCUUUUCACCUUUCAAAACGGACAGCCCCUUGAACAUUAAAAACUUUGCAGACCCUA